CAAUAAUAUCCAUACGUUUGUGUGUAUUGUGAGCGCACUUACUGUAACAAUUAAAAACCAUAUUUGAAAUAAAGCAAACUAGUUAAUUAUUUGUCAGUGUGUGAUACCCUCUCGACCUACAACCGCAACCACUAUUAAUUACCCGCUAACACGAUAUAGCAUUUCAUUGAAACUUGUUUUUUACCACGUUUGUGAAGUUCGUCGCCACUACUAUCACCUGCGAGUGCGUCCGCUGUAUCUUAUAAUACGUUAACAAUGGCUGCGGACGCCGAGAGCUCAAAGUCGACGCCGACGCGCAAGCCGUCGGUGUUUACGUUUUUGGCCGCCGGUUCCGCUCUGUUGGGCGCUAUUGCCAUGGGUACGGUUCUGGGCUGGAGUUCGCCCGCUGUGGCCGACAUGUACACCAAUGAUAGCCAUCCACGGCUCACCCAAACGGGGUCUGAUGUAACUGUCGAGUCGUGGAUCAAGUCUAGCACAACGUUGGGUGCUCUGGUGGGUGCACUCGCCUCCGGACCGUUGGCUCAGGUUAUUGGACGCAAACUAUCGUUGAUAUUAUACUCGAUCCCAAUGUUGGCCGGAUUCGGGUGCCUAUGGCUGGCCAAAGACUUCGCCACCAUUAUUACCGGCCGAACGCUGACAGGUCUCGGCGCUGGUCUGGUGUCGGGAACGGCGCCCACUUAUGUGGUAGAGAUCGCCACUGAAAAUGUUAGGGGAUUAUUGGGCACUGGAUUUCAGUUAAGCGUUACGAUCGGUAUACUAUUGGUGUAUGUGUUCGGGGCGUUCCUGUCGUGGGGUUGGCUAUCAUUCUGGUGUCUGUUCCCACCCCUGGCUAUGGGUGUACUGAUGUUACUGAUGCCGGAGACGCCGAUAUGGCUGAUGACCAAAGCGGGCGGCGAUCACUCCAAAGGUUCCCGAGUGGAGAAGUCGCUCAAGUCGUUACGCGCGGCCGACAACGACAACGAGUCGGAGCUGAACGAGUUGGCAGAUCAGGCCCGAGAGGCCCAACGCUCAAAGGGUUUCUCAAUGCAAGAAUCAACGAAUCCGUUGUUUUACAAACCGCUCGUCCUGUCAGUGGUGUUGAUGUUUUUGCAGCAAUUUUCCGGUAUUAAUGCCGUGAUGUUUAACUCGGCCAAAAUGAUUCAGGAGUCCGGCUCUUCCAUGAAGGGCACACACGCCUCCAUCAUCAUCGCUGUGGCCCAAGUGAUCGCCACUCUCGUGGGCUCCCUAUUGGUCGACCGGUUGGGUCGAAAGAUGUUGCUGAUUGGGUCCGGUGCCGGUCACGCGGUAUCGCUGGGCAUUUUGGGCUUUUUCUACGUGGCCAAUCCCGACCGGGGCACCUGGGGCUGGCUCCCGAUCUUAUGUCUGGUACUGUUUAUUAUCUCAUUCUCGCUCGGCUGGGGUCCAGUGCCGUGGCUUAUGAUCAACGAGAUUACGGGCGUGCAGUACAGGGGUGUGGUGUCGGCGGUGGCCACUGGCGUGAACUGGUUCUGCGCUUUCCUAAUCACCCAUAACUUCGAUACGAUUCAAGCGGCGACUUCACCGCAGUUCGCAUUCUUCCUGUUCGCCGCCUUCUGUAUCGCUUCCAUACCAUUUGUGAUCAUCUUUUUGCCCGAAACUAAAGGCAAGUCUUUUGAUGACAUCGCCCGAGAGUUGGCGGGCAGUUCGGCCGUCACCGCCGCCGUUGACAAUACCGGCGCACAGAAUAAGUUGGAGAUGAAGGGCUUGAAUGAUGAUAAGCCAUAACCUGUUGUCGAGCUGAUGAUAAUCACCAUAAUGUACACAUCAUUUCAAUCUCAAUCUUAACUCUCAUUUACUUUAAGUUGUUUUUUACAAAUGGUUUUUCGCCCGUUUAUAGUCACAUGUAUUUUUUAAUUGAGUUUAUUUUUUUGUUGCCUUUAAUUGUGUUUGAAAUCUCAUUUCAUAACAUAUUAUGCAAAAUGUUUAAUAACACAUAUCUGUCGUAAAUUUAUAUAAUUUUUGAUGUUUUAUUUGCUUAGAUUUAUAUAACGUUUUAAAUUUUAAUUUAAUGAUAUUUUCUGUUUCUAUCUCUUAUUAGUG